AUGGCUGCGAUUUCAUCAUCACCUAAGAAUGUGGUUCCCGUGGCAAUGAACGGUGGUCUCGGAGUUGGGAGGUUUAACAGGGCGUCUCUGUAUGUUGGAGAUCUUGAACGGAAUGUGGACGAGGGUCAGCUUUAUGAUCUGUUCAAUCAGAUUGCUCAGGUGGCUUCGGUUAGGGUUUGUAGGGAUCAGACCAAGAGAUCGUCGCUUGGUUAUGCUUAUGUCAACUUCAACCAUAUUCAUGAUGCUAUUAAUGCGAUUGAGCAUUUGAACUUUACUCCUAUUAAUGAGAAGCCUAUUCGUAUUAUGUUUUCUCAUCGAGAUCCUAGCAUUAGGAAAAGUGGAUUUGCAAAUGUUUUUAUUAAGAAUUUGGACAAAUCAAUAGAUAACAAAGCGCUGCAUGAUACUUUUGCUGCCUUUGGACCUGUGCUUUCUUGUAAGGUAGCUAUUGAUGAGAUUGGUCAAUCAAGGGGAUAUGGUUUUGUUCAAUUUGACAAUGAUGAGUCUGCAAAGAAUGCCAUUGAAAAAUUGGACGGAAUGCUGUUAAAUGACAAAAAAGUUUAUGUAGGAUAUUUCAUACGGCGCCAGGAAAGGUCGGGAAAUGGUUCACCUAAGUUUACAAAUGUUUAUGUGAAAAACCUUUCUGAAACAUACACGGAUGAGGAUCUUAAACAGCUCUUCAACACCUAUGGUGUAAUAACAAGUGCUGUGAUCAUGAAAGAUGAUAAUGGGAAGUCUAGAUGUUUUGGUUUUGUUAAUUUCCAAAACCCAGAAUCAGCCGCUGCUGCAGUUGAAGGUCUGAAUGGGACCGCAACAAACGAUGGAAAGUUUUUGUUUGUUGGGAGGGCUCAGAGAAAAUCAGAAAGGGAGACAGAGUUGAAAGCCAGAUUUGAGCAGGAAAAAAUAAAAAGAUAUGAGAAGUUGCAAGGUGCUAAUUUGUAUUUGAAAAACCUUGAUGACAAUCUUAAUGAAGAAAAGUUGAAGGAGUUAUUUUCCGAGUUUGGAACUAUAACAUCUUGCAAGGUGAUGUAUGAUGUCCAUGGUCAUAGCAAGGGCUCUGGAUUUGUUGCCUUUUUGACUCCCGAAGAAGCUAGUAAAGCUAUAAAUGAAAUGAAUGGAAAGAUAAUAGGACAUAAGCCCCUUUAUGUUGCCGUGGCCCAGCGCAAAGAAGAAAGGAAAGCUCGUUUGCAGGCUCAAUUUUCUUAUAUUCAAGCACCUGGUGGAAUCACAACUUUGCCAGGAAGAAUUGCUGGAUAUCAUCCAAGUGCCCCAAGACUUGCUCCGCAACAAUUGUAUUUUGGUCAAGGUACACCUGGUCUCAUUCCGCCUCAGCCAAAUGGAUACGGUUUCCAGCAACAGCUCAUGCCAACUAUGCGAUCUGGUGUUGCCCCAAAUUUUAUCAUGCCAUAUCACCUUCAGAGGCAAGGUCAUCCUGGACCUAGGAUGGUCGCACGUCGAGUUGGUAAUUUCCAACCGGUGCAACAAAACCAGCUGCCCAACCGAAAUUCCAACCAAGGGUUUAGAUACAAUGUAAGGAAUGGUGUGGAUGCAGUAGAUUCUGAAGGUCUCACCCAUCAAAUGAUGGAUACAUCUGGAGCGGUUGCUCCUAUUAGCAAUCAGCAUCAUGGUGGGUUGUCUAACAACUCACUUACUUCGGCUUUGGCCUCUGCCACCCCAGAAAAUCAACGCUUGAUGCUGGGUGAGCAUUUAUAUCCAUUGGUGGGUCGUCAUACCUCGAACCAUCAAACUGCAAAGGUUACCGGAAUGUUGUUAGAGAUGGACCAGUCAGAGGUGAUACAUUUAAUCGACUCUCCCGAAGAGCUCAAGAUAAAGGUGUCUGAGGCAGUGCAAGUCCUCCGGGAAGCUUCGUCAGGUUCUGAAGUGGUGGUUGACCAACUUGUCUCGUUAAAGGAAUAA